AUGGGUGACCAUAGCGAGAGAAGUCCCAUGACGAUUUCUAUGGCAGAAGCGUCGUCAAUGUUUCCAGGGUUUCGGUUUUCGCCGACAGAUGAAGAAUUGAUAGAAUAUUACUUGAAAAAGAAGCUUAUGGGAUCUGAUAAGUGUGUUGAAAUCAUUCCUGAGGUUGAUAUCUGUCGGCACCAGCCUUGGGACUUACCACCCCAAUCCAUAAUUCAAUCAGAUAAUGAGUGGUUUUUCUUUACUCCUCGCGGAAGGAAGUACCCAAAGGGCUCCCAAAAUAAAAGGGCAACCGAAUUUGGUUACUGGAAGGCCACAGGAAAAGAACGCACUGUUAAAUCAGGUUCAAAUCUUAUUGGCACGAAGAGGACACUCGUGUUCCACAUGGGUCGGGCACCAAAAGGACAGAGGACGGAGUGGAUUAUGCAUGAAUAUUGUACAAGUGAGAAAUCUCAGGAUGCUAUGGUUGUAUGCCGCCUUCGAAAGAACAGUGAGUUCCAUAUAAAUGACAAUCCGGGAGGACAUUCUCUCGUUCAAAGUGAUUUAUCUCCAGCAAACAAUAGCGCUACAGCUUUAUCUGGAGUUGAACAAUCAGGCAUGGUUGAAGGGACCAAGGCCGGUGACCACCGUUCAAAGGAGAGUGGUAGCAGUUAUAACACUCAUUCUGUAGAACAGAUUGACUCUGGCUCUGAAUCUGAUGAGAAAGUAACCGAGUUCGAUCAGCUCAACUUUUCGAGCAACGAGAAGGAUUGUGUUGAUGAAGAGGAUUGUUAUGCUGAUAUAAUGAAAGAUGAUAUAAUAAUGCUAGAUGAUUCUUCAUUAAAUGCAACUGCAGGACUCUCAUCAGAUGUCUUUGUAAAACCUGGGCUUGACAUGAGAUCUGAGCAUCCGACUCAGCCUACUGUAACCACCACACAUCCUCUCCAGAGAACAGCAAAUCAACAACUCAGACUAAGGGGGCCAAAACUAGAACAUCAUCGAGUAGAUCUCUUUGAAGCAUCUAAAGGCGAAAAGGAGUCCACUGGUGAGAAUGUAGAUCGCUCAAGUACACAGCAGUCAGCUCGUAGCCAUUUUCCAAUGACUGGAGUUAGGCUUUGGUAUUUAUCCCUGUUUCUGGUUAUAUUAGUUUUUUCUGGGGCUACUUCUGUUCUUUACUGGAAGUUAUUGGCAAGUCAAGAAGAUGGCUCAAAUGGAGCAGAAAGAUCGUACUUUGUGAAAAUUAAGAUUUGUAGAGAGACAACAGUGGGAAGUACGGCAAUGGUCUCAAAUUUUAUCAGAAGACUCAAAGGAAAGGUAGCACUAAUAACUGGUGCUGUUAGUGGAAUUGGCGAGUCCAUUGCCCGGCUAUUCUCCAAACACGGAGCUAAAGUGUUGAUUGCAGACAUCCAAGAUGACUUGGGAGAGGAAGUAUGCAAAGAUUUGGAAAAAUCAUCAGCUUCUUUUGUCCACUGUGAUGUAACUAAAGAAUCUGAUAUAGAAACUGCAGUUAACACAGCUGUAGCCGAAUAUGGGAAGUUGGAUAUAGUGUACAAUAAUGCUGGUAUAUCGAGGAUACAUAAACAAUGUACUCUAGACUGCGAAAAAUCAGAAUUCGAAAAUAUCAUUAGUGUUAACCUCGUAGGUGUGUUCUUGGGCGCUAAACAUGCUGCUCGGGUGAUGAUCCCCAAUCGUCGUGGGAGCAUAAUCACGACUGCUAGUGUUUGUUCUACCACAAGAGGUGGUGCUUCACACGCGUACACAAGUUCAAAACACGGAGUGGUAGGACUAACAAAAAAUAUCGCAGUGGAACUUGGAAAAUAUGGCAUACGUGUAAAUUGCGUGUCACCACACCUUGUUGCUACACCUCUGGCGAAGAAUUUCUUCAGAUUGAACGAUGAGGAAUGCUGCAGUGUAUAUUCCCAUCUCAAAGGUGUUGUUCUUGAGUCAGAAGAUGUGGCUGAAGCUGCUCUUCUCUUGGCGAGUGAUGAGUCAAAAUAUGUGAGUGGAGAUAAUCUUUUUGUUGACGGAGGCUUCACCGUUAUGAAUUCAGUUUACUCCAUAUUUCAGAAUCCGCAUACAGAUGUUUCAAAGACUUGA